UCUUCAGAACAGGAAGAACCUGUCCAACUCAACAUUCCAAACAGGAAGGCAGUUGAAUAGACAUCUCAGCGCUAAGAGGCCAUGAUUUCAUUCAGGAGUAGAGAAACGGCGUGUAGGCAUCACAAAACGUUCAUGUCAAAGAAACCGCUAAGGGCCGGAUAAUUAGCUUAACCUUCUCUGGAUUACAUUCUUCUCCAAAUAGGAUCCAUCCAGCAAACCACCACUGACAUCAUCUGAAAAGACACAGAUCAGUAUGAUGGAGCAGGACUGCCCGCAGGAGAAGAGAUCAGAACAGGGAGAGGAGAUGACAGAGGAGAGCUUCCUCAAAGACCUCUACCUCUUUAUGAAACAGAGAGACACUCCGAUUGAAAGAAUACCUCAUCUAGGCUUCAAACAGAUCGAUAUGUUCCUAAUGUACAAGACAGUGAAGGAGCUAGGAGGCUAUCAACAGGUUACUGCACAGCAGCUGUGGAAGAAAGUUUACAACAUACUUGGAGGAAACCCGCGCAGCACUAGUGCAGCCACUUGCACUCGCAGACACUAUGAAAAGCUGCUUCUUCCUUUUGAGUGUCACCAAAAUGGAUACAGGGACGAUAUUGUCUUCAGGACCCCUAGAUCUCAAAAACGCUUCCACCCCAGCAGCUACAGCGACUACAGCGAGCACGAAUACCCCAGGAACGGCAAACGUGCAGAUUUCAGACACCUCCCGGCAUUCCCUCAGCCCUCUCCAAGCCCUCUGUUUACGGAGCAUCAGAGACAGAUUUUCAGCAUGCCUUUGAAUGUUGCUCCAUACUUCCCACACGGCAGUACAUCUCUACCCAACUAUAUGGCUCUUCGAGAGUCUGCAGUGCCUCAUUUGAGCCUCAGCCCUUCUCAAGACCUUCCUCGACCACCUCCUUCGUACUUGGGCACGCCCUCUGUGGAGGUUCAGAGCUGCAAACAGCCACUCGAUAGGCUACGCCACCUGGCUAAAGAGUACAAGUCAUCAGCCGGUUGGGAGGAACCCCUCAACCUCAGCCGGAAAGAAAACAGACUUGAUACGUUGAGUGACACGCCUUCAUCUUUCAGUCCACCCUCAAAAAAGCCCAAGUUCCUCAACGAAGCCUCACCGCUUUAUCCUCCAAGGGGUUUGACGAGCGAAGAAGGUGCAGAGAAGGGGGAAACAGAGGAUAAAACUUCCUUGGGAGAAGGAGGAGCAGGGUCUGUCCAAGCAGGACCGAGUCCCGUGUCAGCUGACAUCAUUGAUCUCACUUCGUCUUCCACCGCCAAUCCAGUCCCACGUAGGGCAAGUCCUCCUUCAGUAAACCUCUUCAACCGGAGAAUGAACUACUCCGAAGCAUUAGCUAUGAAAGCACGGGAGCGAGAGCCGCACGCGGACUGGUUGAAGGAAGAAUCUUCUGGUGCACCUAAGUUAGGGAUCGUAAACCGAAGCAAUCCUUUCGGACCCCCACCCGUAGAUCCGAACGGCAAUAUGGAGAUUCAGAUUCCUCUAAAGCUUCUACAGGAGUUGAUUAGGAGAGGGUUGCUCUCCAACCCAGCUUUUAUGGCAAGUAGCCAUGCAUCUCAACUCCCAACCAAAGCUGAAGCUCAACCCGAGCACAAGUUCCACGUGCGAUCACGGUCAGAAACGUCCGAGAGCUCCACCACGGGCGAGGAACCGACUAAUCUGAGUUUGAAAAGUCCUUUGAGAAACCUUUCGGAUGCCACCCCUCCAGAAAAUGGUAUGAAGAAGUUUCGACUCUUUGGUGGCAAUGGCAUCCCAGCAGAAUCAAAGCUCCAGAUGAUCAAUUCCUUUCAUGUAAACAGCUCUGAUGUACCAAGACCCUUUCAACCAAAGCAGGGACAAGCUUCUAAGCACCAAGAAAGCAUGAUUCCCAGACUCCCCAGUUACAGUGAAGACUCUCCGCUCUCUUUGACCAUGAAGCCUGGAAGAAAGUCUGAGAAAGUGAUGGGAACAUCUAACGGUGUGGCAAAGGAAAUCUCGACAUCCCCACCUUCGAUACAGGUGACAUCGGAAAACCUCAAACUCCUUCUGGCAAGCCUACCGUAUAGACUGGAAAGAGGGCAGACAUUUUGAAAAUUUGCACAUCUGAGAAAAAAUUCCUCACCUUGGUCAAUGCUGCAGUCUUGCCAAAUCAGCCUCUUGUGUUGUAUUACUGAAGGAUUUCUGAAAAGAUGAACUGAAAAGAGAAAUGUUGAGGAUAUGCAACUGUAGCAUGAAAGCACUGUCCACUCUCAGUCAGGACACUAAAUUAGACACAACAGGUGCUUUUUACUGAUUAACCUUUUCUAUAUAUAUAUAUAUAUAUAUAUAUAAUAAAGAUUAUGAAAAGGGUCAGCUCAGGAAAAAAUCUUUUAGUUUGCUUUUUUGUGAGAUUGUUAAAAUAAGCAAUGGUACCUUUUUGUUAACUUUUAAGCAACACAGUUUUAUGAAGAAGCACUGAUACUUUGGUAGCAAAGCACAGAACUUUUUGUAAUUUUUUUUUUAUAGAAAUGUAAACAUGUAAAAUGCACAUAUAAUGUUUUUGUUAUAUUAUUUUUCACUUCUUCAUGUUUUAAAUAAAUGUUUUUU